AUGGAGAGUGUUCGACGAUCAUGGAAACUGCAGGAAUUCGUUGCCCACAAGGCAAAUGUCAACUGCCUGGCGAUGGGCCACAAGUCCAACCAAGUGCUGGCGACUGGUGGCGAUGACAAAAAAGUAAACUUGUGGGCUAUCGGAAGACAAAGUUGCCUUAUGAGUUUGAGUGGACAUACAACUCCUGUAGAAUGUGUAUGUUUUGGGCAUUCUGAAGACUUAGUUUGUGCAGGAUCACAAACUGGUGCCUUAAAGAUAUGGGAUUUAGAGGCAGCUAAAUUAUUGAGAACCUUCACAGGCCACAAGGGAGCUAUAAAAUGUAUGGACUUCCAUCCUUAUGGAGAUUAUUUAACAACAGGUUCUUGUGAUAGCAAUGUUAAGUUGUGGGACACAAGGAAGAGAGGAUGCAUUGUUACCUAUUCUAGCCACCGGCUUGCUGUCAACAGUCUGCAGUUUAGUCCUGAUGGACAGUGGAUUGCAUCUGCCUGUGAAGAUGGUUUAGUAAAAGUAUGGGAUGUUCGUGUUGGCAAAGUCCUUCAAGAGUUUAUGGAGCAUACAUCAGCAGUAACAUGUGUAAAAUUCCACCCUCAUGAAUUUCUUCUUGCGAGCUGUGGAACUGAUAGAACUGUAAAUUUUUGGGACAUGGAAAAGUUCCAAUUGGUAUCCAAGUUUGAAAAAGAUAAUACGUCUAUCAGACACAUGGUGUUUAGUGAUGAUGGUGCAACAUUGCUUGGUUGUGCUAAUGAUGGGUUGCAUGUUGUUGGAUGGGAACCAGCCAGAGUUUUUGACACUGUUCAUGGACAUUGGGGUCAAAUUCAUGAUAUUACUGUUGCACAAACACAAUUAAUAGCUGGAUCAUUCCAUUCUACUUAUGUGGUUCUAUCUGUAGUUGAUCUCAAUAAAGUCCAUCCAUUUGGAGGACCGCCGCCAGUGUCCCCACCUGUCGUCAGGGAUCUUUCUCCAUUCCAAAAAGGGCACUCGGUUCGCAAAAGUUUUUCGAAGGAAAAACCACCAAAAGAAGUCAUGCACCGACCAUCUCUCCUGGAUGAAAAAACUGCUGAGGAAUCUACAUCAGGAACUGAAGCAGAUGAGGAAUCAGGUGCUGUUAUACCCAAUUUUAAUGACUACACUGAGAUAUUCCGACCUUCUAGAGCAUUAACACGUACACCUCCGCCCGCCACCAGUUUGUCUUCGGAAGAUUUUUCUAUAACAGUGCAAGAGCCAAUAGAAAAGGUAGAACCGGUUGUGAACACCUGUCUUCGCGACCUGAUGCUUGACGAGCCGGUACCCUUGGCGCGACCAUUGCCACAGCCCUCCCCGCCCCAACGACAGCGAUCAGAACAUUACUCCCGCAUACCAACAUCAACCAAAGAACAUUACACUGUUGUAGAGAAAAAAACCGAGAGUUUCUCAAGGGUGAUGGACAACACAAAAGAAAAUAAUGCAUUUACAACAGCGCAAUCAUUAAGAGAUUAUACCUCCAGCCCGCUCACAGCAAAUUCGCUUAACCGACAUAACUCAUACAAAGAAACAAAGUCUACAACAGAUUUAUCUACCACCAACCUCCGCCCAAGUAACAGUGAAAUAUCGUUAGGUCCGCCGACAUUAGGGCCAAGAUCGUUAUCCUUCACCAGGGCACCUACCGAGGCUUCGAGGCGAAGAGUAGAGACUGUUGCUAGAGAAAGUGUAACGGUGUCUCGCAGUGUCGAAGCUCCAGAGGCUGAACCAGAGCCAGAAUUUGUGCCUUUCACCACCGACAGACCCGUCGGGCUCGAUCUCGAUGAAUUUUUGCCCCGCGGUCUGGCAGGUGGGAAUGCACGGCGAGGGGCGCGAGGUGGCGGCGCAGAGCCAAGCGAACAGGAGGUGCUCGGCGUGAUGAUGCGCGGUCACGACUCCAUGAUGGCCGUGCUCACCGCCAGACAACGAGCUCUACAGAUUUUCCAUUCCGUCCGAGUUAAUAAAAGUCUGAGAUCUGCAUUAGAAUCUGUUAUCGCUCUCGAGGAUACAUCUGUGAUUCUCGACAUCCUCAAUGUUAUGGCACAUAGACCAUCAUUGUGGAAUUUAGACAUCUGCUUGUUAAUGCUACCCAAGAUAUACGAAUUAUUACAAAGCAAAUAUGAAUCAUACAUGCAAUGUGGUUGCAAUGCCUUGAGGCUGAUAGUGCGCAACUUCUCGUCUGUAGUAAGAGCUAACGUAAGUGCUCCAGUACGUACGUUGGGUGUAGACAUUCCUCGUGAGGAGCGGUAUUCUAAAUGUAUGCAGAUACACCGGCUCCUACUUGACGUACGGGCUUUUCUGCUCAAACGACAAACGCUCCAGGGGCGCCUUGGAGCUGCCUUCAGAGAUCUUCAUAACCUAAUGCAACAAGGUCUUGACUGA